AUGGACAAAGUCCAGGAACAAGCAGAUUUGAUCGGAAAGAAGAUAUCUCCGUUUGUAGCUUCACAGCCAACAAACGUCGGAGGAUUAACUGAUCAGAAAAGCACCGGCGGUUCCGAGACGACGCAACCUCCAGCUACCUCACCUCCUUCUCCUCCAUCUCCGGCCAGUGGCGGCUCACAAUCAUCUCCGCCGCCGGUAACGGUUUCUCCUCCACCGCCGAAUCAAUCAACUGUUACAACUCCACCUCCAACACCUCCUUCUUCGCCUCCACCUUCUAUAACUCCACCUCCGUCACCUCCUCAGCCUCAACCUCCGCCUCAACCCACCCCAGCCGCCGGAGAUUCUCCGGUGGUGAUUCCUUCUCCAAAGCCUCAACUUCCUCUUCCUUCUCUUCCUCCUCCGACCUUAGUUACUCAGCAACCAGAGACAAGACCUAAUGAAAACGGCCUCCAACAACCAAACAACCCUGUUUCUCCUCCGUCUCCACCUUCUACUCCUUUCUCUCCGCCGUCCACGAAAGAUUCCGGUAGCAAAGGGUCUCCUCCAUUGUCAUCUCCAUCGCUUCCGGUUAUUCCACUAAGCCCUAAUUCCCCAAGAAACCCUUCACAGCCGUUGGAUUCACCUCCUGCAGGAGGAUCAAAUCGUGUUCCAUCGUCUUCUUCGACCUUCCCGUCUCCUCCUUCCAUCUCUGGCUCCGAUAACAAUUCCGGAGGUUCUAACAGAAAUAAUGCGAAUAGUAACGGAAAUGGUGGUAAUGGACAGCAAAACAAUGAAUCUAACUACACCGAGAAGACAAUGAUCGGUGUUGGGAUCGCAGGUAUCUUGGUCGUUAUUUUCAUUGCUGCCGUUUUCUUCGUUAGGAGGAAACAAAAGAAAUCUGCUUCCCCUCGCUCUAACCAGAAGUAUUUGCCAUCGGCUAAUGUCUCUGUUAAUACAGAGGGAUUCAUUCAGUACAGGCAAAAACCAGGAAACGGGAACAGCUCGACGACGCAGAACUCAUCACCGGAUACUAAUAAAAGUUUCGGGAAUCCGAAACCAGGUAGAGGAACUCCUGACUCCGCAGUAAUAGGGACUUCGAAGAUCCUUUUCACCUACGAGGAGCUAAGCCAGAUAACAGAAGGAUUUUGCAAGAAGUUUGUCAUAGGAGAAGGCGGGUUCGGGUGCGUCUACAAGGGCAUCCUUUGCGAGGGAAAGCCAAUUGCUAUCAAACAGCUAAAGUCGAUCAGCGCAGAAGGAUAUAGAGAGUUUAAAGCUGAAGUAGAGAUCAUAAGUAGAGUGCAUCAUAGGCACUUGGUGUCUCUUGUUGGUUAUUGCAUAUCUGAGCAACAUAGAUUCCUCAUCUAUGAGUUUGUCCCAAACAAUACUUUGGAUUACCACUUGCAUGGCAAAGACUUACCGGUUUUGGAUUGGACUAGAAGAGUCAAGAUUGCAAUAGGCGCAGCCAAAGGACUUGCUUAUCUACAUGAAGAUUGUCACCCGAAGAUUAUCCAUAGGGACAUCAAAUCGUCAAAUAUUCUGUUGGAUGAUGAAUUCGAAGCUCAGGUUGCAGAUUUCGGACUCGCCAGACUCAACGAUACUGCCCAGUCCCACAUAUCGACACGUGUCAUGGGCACAUUUGGGUAUUUAGCGCCAGAAUAUGCAUCAAGCGGAAAAUUAACGGAUAGAUCAGAUGUGUUUUCAUUUGGAGUUGUGCUUCUCGAACUCAUCACCGGUCGCAAACCUGUUGACACCUCUCAACCUCUGGGUGAAGAAAGUCUCGUUGAAUGGGCACGUCCGCGGCUAAUCGAAGCCAUUGAGAAGGGUGACAUCAGCGAAGUAGUGGAUCCACGGCUGGAAAAACAUUACGUUGAAGGCGAAGUCUAUAGGAUGAUCGAAACGGCGGCGUCUUGUGUUCGGCAUUCAGCUCUAAAACGACCUCGUAUGGUUCAGGUCGUAAGAGCUCUGGACACGAGAGACGAUUUGUCGGAUCUGACCAAUGGAGUGAAAGUGGGUCAAAGUACGGUCUAUAACUCUGGUCAAUACAGUAAUGAGAUUCGUAUUUUCAGAAGAGCCUCUGAAGAUUCCUCGGAUCUCGGUACUAAUAAUGGCUACUACACAAGCCAAGACUUCACAAGCCAUGAAUCUGAGAGAGCCUUCAACACUACUCACCGGUCAAAUCACUGA